CACGUACCGCAAAAAAAAAAAAAAAAGUUUAAAAGUCAUCAUGUAGAUGGAUUUAAACCCAAAAUAGUGAGUGAGAACACCUUCAGAGUGAGUGCCGCUGGAAAAGAGAUGAGUCCACAGAUGGAGCCCUGGAGCACAUUUAUAUUUAGAGGGUGGGGAAGGGAGGAGGAGUCAGCAAAAAAGAGAAGGAACUGCUAGAAAGGAAGGAGGAAAAGUAGUCCAGAACGAUGUUCUGAAAGCCUAAGAGAAGAAAGCUUUUCAAGGAUGAAAGAGUAAUUCAACAUUUUUGUUAUGCAUAAUAUUUGCCCCAUUUGUUUCCCAACUAGUGGUGAUCCCUCCUCUUCAGCUAGAAAAAUGACGAUGUUCAGGAACUUAAAACUUCUUCUCUGGAAGAAUUUCAUUUUAAAGUCUCUACGUGGAGCCAAAAAGAUCUUUAAAAGAUCUGUGGGAUCUGGCCAGUCUCCCGAUUCAGCUCCUUCAGUGACUUCCGUUGCACUGGCAGUCAACCAGACCCUUCCUCAGUCUUGCUGGCUUCCUCUCUUCCUUGGGCUCCCAUACUGGUGGUGGUGCCACCUUUCAAUUCCCGGAAUCUGUUCCACCUCUGUGAAGGCAGAAGACUAUGUGUGUUUUAUUCAUACACCGUGCCUGGCACACAUUCUAGGCUAUCCUUCAGUACCUUCAUUUGAAAAUUACAUAAUUCAGGAUCCCAAAGCCUUCUACGUAUUGACUGGAAUUGGUUUUGAUCAUGGCUUCAAUGACAGCAAGGAGCCCUUGCCACUUGAGGUUAAGUAUUACUUGCGCUUCAGUAGUUUUCAGAGGAAUUAUUUAUUCUUGAGGCUAAUACUCCAUGAAGAUGACUUUCAAGGCUGGAGCACAUCCUAUCUUUAUCCUCCUAACCUAAGCCAAGAACCCUGGGACUAUGGACUUUCCGAUGGGGGAUCCCCUGGAUACAACAAAGGAGGCUUCCUGGCCAUACAGCAUGCAACAGAUAAAGCCAUCAUGUGGCACCACGCUCCCAAUGAGACGACCAAGUUGUUUGAGAGUCUCAUUGUGCUUCUGAAGAGAUUCCCACAUGGAGCCUAUGUCCAGGACAGUUUCUUCCUGGUCCUUCAGAAUGAGUUCCCUCUUUUCCUCAUGCUCAGCUUCAUCUACAUUGAGCUCACCACCAUCAAUUCCAUUGCACUGGAGAAAGAGAGAAAAUUGAAGGAGUUUAUGUGUAUGAUGGGGCUGCACAACUGGCAACACUGGGUUGCUUGGUUCACCAUAUUCUCCAUUUCUGCCUUCAUUGUUGUUUCUUUCAUGACCAUUCUCUUCUGCACAAAGCUUAUGUUGCAGCUGCCUCCAGAGGCAUCAUCUUCUUCUUCACCUACCUCCCAUACCUGUACCUCGCUUUCAGCUACAACCAAAGGAGUCACUUCCAAAAGAUUGCCUUUUGUCUCCUCUCCAGUGUUGCCAUGGCACUGGGAUUACCACCUCCUCAAUCCUGCCAUGUGGCAACAGAUGCAGGGUGCUGCUGAUGCUACUGCUGGACUCUUAAAUGGCUUGGUGGCCUGGUAUGCGGAGUCUGUCUUCCCAGGGGUGUAUGGUACACCCAAACCUUGGUACUUCUUUCUCAUGCCCUCCUACUGGCGUGGAGAACCUAUAUCCUUUACGAAUUCAGUGCUGGAGUUGGGGGAUCCUCAGAAAGCUCUGAAAAGCAAGUUCAUUCAGGAAGAGCCUACUGAUUUGAUAAAAGGAAUUGAAAUCCAACAUCUAUACAAGCUGAAAGACUUGUUGCGCCAGAAGUGCCCUGAAGAAAUCAAACGUGUGCUGCACAUCCUCAGUCUGGAGGACAAACGGGACUCCCGGAGCAGGUUCCUGAGUGGGGGAAUGAGGCACAAGCUCUCCAUUGGCAUCGCCCUCAUCAGCAUCACCCUCAUCGCAGGCUCCAAGGUGCUGAUGCUGGAUGAGCCAACCUCAGGCGUUGACGCCAUCUCCAGGAGGGCCAUCUGGGACCUUCCUCAGCAGCACAAAAGUGACCGCACCAUCCUGCUGACCACCCACUUCGUGGAUGAGGCCAACCUGCUGGGGGACCACAUCGCCAUCAUGGCCAAGGGGGAGCUGCAGUGCUGCGGGUCAUCUCUGUUCCUGAAGCAGAAAUAUGGUGCAGGAUAUUAUAUGACUUUAGUGAAAAAACCUCACUGUAACAUGGAGAAGAUUUCUCAUCUGAUUUAUCAACACACACCAAAUGCAAUUUUCCAGUCUAGCACUGGAGAAGAAAUAACAUUUAUACUUCCUAAAGAGAGUGUGCACAUGUUUGAAUCUCUAUUUACUGACUUGGAACUGAGGCAGGAAGAGCUGGGCAUUGCCGGCUUUGGGGCCUCUGUCACAACUAUGGAAGAAGUCUUCAUUCAGGUUAGUAAGUUGGUAGAUUCCAGUAUAGAUAUGCAAAUCAUCAAGCUUCCCUCCUUCCAUUCUCACCCGCUGGUUAGCAGAGUUCCUGUUAAUAGAAUUAAACGUCUUAAUUCAAGGAUUUUCUCAAUACAGUCCAGCCUACCAAUCCAACCAAACACUGGGUUCAGCCUUCUCUGCCAACAGUUCUAUGCCAUGUUCUUGAAAAGGGCUACAUAUUCUUGGUGCAACUCGAUGAUGAUGCUGUCAAUACAGAUCCUGGUACCUCUGGUGAUCCUUAUGGUCAGCCUCUCAUUCCUCAACUUCAGUACAAGCAUGGAAAAUGUCCCAUUGGAGUUGACUCUAAAAACAUAUGGUCAAACUAUUGUUCCAUUCUUUAUUUCUCUGAAAUCCAGGCUGGGUCCUCAGCUUUCAGAACAUUUUACAGAUAUGCUCAUGGCUGAAGAACAGAUUCCUCUGCAGCUCAUGGGGAACGUAGAGCCAUUCCUCCUGAAAAAGUUAGAGGAGGAGCCCGAGGUCUUUGAUAAGAACUACCUAGUGGCAGCUUCCUUUGAAGACAUGGGGAACCACACCAUAGUGACAGCGCUGUUCAACAACCAGGCAUACCAUUCCCCUGCCCUGGCGCUGGCACUGGUGGACAAUGUCCCCUUCAAGUUGCUUUCUGGUGCCAGGGCUUCAAUAAUGGUAUUCAACCACCCUCAACCUCAGUCAAACAAGGAGACCUCGGAGAAUAUCUUGUACGAGGGUCCUAAAGGACAUUAUCUUGUUAUCAACUUACUUUUUGGAAUGGCUUUCCUGUCUAGCUCUUUCUCCAUCUUGACAGUCAAAGAGAGAUGCAUCAAGACCAAGCAGGUCCAGUUCAUCAGUGGCGUUUACGUGGCUACUUUCUGGCUCUCCGCUCUGCUGUGGGACCUCAUCUCCUUCCUCAUCCCCACUCUGCUGCUGCUGGUGGUGUUUUUGUACUAUGAUGAAGAAGCUUUUACACACCCAGAAAACAUCCCUGCUCUUGUCUUGAUGCUAAUGCUCUAUGCCUCUAUCAUCCCCUUCAUCUACCUGACCAGCUUCUGCUUUGACAAUGCGGGUAGCGCCUGUGUUAAGCUCAUCAUCACGCUCACCUUUUUGAACAUCGGCCCCCUUGUUCUCGUCUCAGUCACAAGUGAAAAAGAUCUAGGCUACACAAAAGCCUCAGAGUCUUUGGAUCACACAUUUCUACCGCUUCCAGGCCACUGCCUGGGGAUGGCUUUCUCCAACCUAUAUUACAACUUUGAACUACAGACGUUUUGCAAUGCCAAGAGCCUGAACCAGACUGAAUGCAAUCAAGUGAGGCAGUGGAUUGGCUACUCUCCCCAGUUUGAUGCCCUGCUGGACCACAUGACGGACAAGGAGACACUGGUCAUGUACGCCUAGCUCCGGGGCAUCCCCAAGCUCCACAUCAGUGCCUGUGUGGACCAAAUUCUUGAUGAUUUACUCAUGUACACGUACGCCGACAACCUGGUGAAGACCUACAGCGGUGGCAACAAGCGGAAGCUGAGCACCGGCACUGCCUUGCUUGGAGAGCCCACAGUCAUCUUCCUGGGCGAGCCGUCCACUGGCAUGGACCCCGUGGCCCGGAGCCUGCUCUGGGGCACCGUUGCGAGGGCCUGCAAGUCUGGCAAGGCCAUUGUCAUCACCUCCCACAGCAUGGAGGGCUGUGAGGCCUUGUGCACCUGGCUGGCCAUUAUGGUGCAGCAUCAGUUCAAGUGCCUGGGCAGCCCACAGCACCUCAAGAGCAAGUUUGGCAGUGGCUACUCCCUACGGGCCAAGAUCUGGAGCGACAGGCAGCAGGAGGCCCUGGAAGAGUUCAAGGCAUUCGUGGACCUGACCUUCCCAGGUGUUUGGCAUUUUGGAGCAAGCCAAGAAAAAGUACAUGUUGGAAGACUACUCAGUCAACCAGAUCUCUCUGGAGGACAUCUUCCUGAGCUUCACCUGCCCUGUGCCCCCCAACCAACGGGAAAACAAACAAGCGAAGGCAGAACCUGCAGGCCCCUUGUUACCCUUUCCACCUCUCUCUCCACCUUCUCCCCAGCCUCCCUAAGCAGCCUCAGAGGAACAACACCUGCCAUGUCCUGUCAGGAGUAUGGAGGCCUGGGGGUGACCAUGGUUGUAAUGAUGCCGUACUUCUGA